AUGAUAUUACUUGAAACUAGAGUGAAAAGUAAUAAGGCUGAUGGGAUAAGAAACAAACUACAUAUAGCUGACAAUUAUAUUGAUAACUAUAAUGAACAUGAGAAUGGAAGGAUAUGGGUGGGUUGGAAUGCUAAUGAAGUGAGUGUGCAUAAGUUGAAUAGCUCCAGCCAGUUUAUACACUGCAGGGUCGAUGAUUGUAGUGGUGUUUUUCAAUUUUGGUUAACUGCAGUCUAUGCCCAUAAUGAAUUAGAAAGGAGAAAGACUCUCUGGAAGGACAUUGAGAGAAUACAUGAGAACACUGUGGGACCUUGGUGUGUGAUAGGAGACUUUAACAAUGUGGCAAAAGCUCAGGAUCGUAUAGGGGGAAACAUUGUCACUGAGAGGGAAUUUGUGGAUAUGCAGGAUAUGAUGCUGAGAACUGGUUUGAGUGAGAUGGAUAGUUCUAGAGACUACUUUACUUGGUUCAAUAAACAUACCAUUGGACCUAUUCACUCUAGAAUUGACAGGCUGUUGGGAAAUGUUGACUGGUUUCAAAAGUAUAUGGAUGUGCAACUCAAGAUUAUGUCUCCAAGUGUCUCAGAUCAUGCCAUGUUAUAUGUGGACAGUAUUGUGCCUAAGAGGAAACCUAUGAGACAAUUUAGAUUCACAAACUGCCUAGUGGAUAUGCCUGGGUUUGAAGAUGUUGUUAGAACUAGCUGGAUUCAGAGAGUUGCUGGUAGUCCUAUGAAGAGGCUAUGGAUUAAACUUAAAAGACUCCAGACUGUUCUUAGAAGAUUUAGCUAUCCUUUAUCUCAUCUACAGCAGAACUUGAACAAAGCUAGAGAGGAUCUGCAAAAAGCUCAAGGAGAACUUAGCCUGAACAGAAUGGAUACAAACACCAUUGAGAGAGUUAAAUUUUGCACAGAGGAAGUGAUUAGGCUGAAUGGAAUUGAGGAGAGCAUUUUACAACAAAGAUCCAAGAUUGAUUAG